AUGCAUGUCCGGAAACAGCUCGAAACUGGGAGUCAAAAGAUAGUGGCUGAAUUUCAGCAACUGCACCAGUUUUUGGAGGAACAAGAGCGACUCCUGCUGGCCCAGCUGGAAGAGCUGAAUAAGGAAAUUGAAAAGAGGAGGGAUGAGUAUGUUGCCAAACUAUCUGAGGAACUAUCCUCUUUCAGUUCCCUGAUCAGUGAGAUGGAGCAGAAGUGCCAGCUGCCAGCAAGUGAAUUCCUGCAGGACAUCAAAGGCACCUUGAGCAGAUGCGAGAGGGAGAAGUUUCAGAACCCAGUGGCCUUUUCUUCUGAACUGAAAUGGAGAAACUGGGAAUCUUCUCAAAGAAAUGCAUCUCUGGAGACCAGAAUGAAGGAAUUCACAGCAGCUGUGAACAUUAACCUGCGCUUGAGCUUCCUGCUGAAUUCACUGUUUCUGGAGUAUAGCAUCCCCUUGUCCCCGAGCCAGGCACCCUGCAGGAUCCGGGUGUAUCUGGACUAUGAACGGGGGCAGGUGGCGUUUUUCGAUGCUGGUACCGGGGACCCGAUCGUCACUUUCCCGCCGGCCUCUUUCGCCGGGGAGAGAAUCCGCCCGUUCUUCCUCUGUGCUGUUGGGAGUGUGCGGCUCCUCUAG